UUUCUGCGCGGCUCACAGUCCACUCGAGUCUGUGGGAGCCUGAACGCAAGGAGACAGAGAGGGAUUUAAAGAAAAGCAACAGGGGGAGUGUUUCUCUUGUCCCCCUCUUUUCUCCCUCUGUUGGUCUCCUUGGUCACACACAUGCACAAACACUCCUCACACACAAACACCGACGAAGGCUCAGUCCUGCGUUCGGCCACCAACAUCAUGGAGAUGAGCUCCCCUGUCUCUUCGGCCACCGCAGCACCCCAGCAGCCUGAUAUGGACACUAACACGAAACCCGGCUCAACAACAAAGACUGAGCUCAGAGAGGAGAAAGAAGAUGAGGAAGAGGAGAAGGAAAGAGGAACGGCUGCUGUGGGGCAGAGUUCAGAUCCAGAGUGGGUGGAGGACAGGUUCAGGAUUAACCGGAAGAAGCUUGAAACCAUGCUGUCUGCUCCUAAACAAGAAGACAGAGAGACAGGAGAAGAGUUUUUCGAGAGAGUAAUGAGAGAAACAGACACUCAGGUGAAAUGGCCCUCCAAGUUGAAGAUAGGAGCCAAGUCAAAAAAGGAUCCACAUGUAAAGGUGGAAGGGAGGAGAGCUAACGUCAUGGAAGCCACAAAAAAGAUACUAGACAUGCUGGAAACCAAGAAUAACAAAGUGACUCUGAAAAUGGACGUGGCGUACACAGAGCACUCCCACGUCAUCGGAAAAGGUGGUGGGAACAUCAAAAAGGUGAUGGAGGUCACAUCCUGUCACAUCCACUUCCCUGACUCCAAUCGCCACUACACUGCAGGAGAGAAAAGCAACCAGGUCUCAAUCGCUGGGCCUAUUGAAGGGGUGGAAGAAGCCCGGAGGAUGAUAAGAGACCUCCAGCCACUGUCGCUGACCUUUGACCUGCCAGUCAGCUUGGUGACCCAGGCGUUGCCAGAUGCAGGCUCCCCACUCAUCCAGCAGGUGGUGCAGACUCUGGGGGUCAAUGUAAGCUUCAAGGCCGUGCCUCCCCUGCCUCAAGCUCAACCCUCCUUUUACGUGAGCUCCUGCACAGUCUGGGGGCUGCAGGGCAACACAGCCGCUGUCAAGAAGGCGACCUGCAUCCUGAUGGAGCUCCUGCUUGGGUCCGAAUCUACAGGCGUGGUGAACAGCCAGCUGGAAUUCACAGCUCAGCAGCAUCUCUUCAUGCUGGGACAGAAUGGUCCACACUACCUGAGUGUCAUGCACAAGACCCAGGCCCAGAUCAUCCUACCAGACCUCAGUGCUCCUCAGAAUCCCCUUUCACUUAUCAUCCAGGGCAGCCCUGAGGGGGUGUGUCUGGCUCGGCAGCAGCUCAUGGAAUGUCUGCCAGUGUGUUUGACGUUUGACAUGCGUGAAGACGGGGAGGUAGAUCCUUGCAAACUGGCGCAGAUGAGGCAAAACCUAGAAGUCUUCAUUAGCAUCAAACCCAAAGCAAAACAGAUCAGCAAGUCUGUAGUGGUGAAGGGUUUGGAAAGGAACAUCUCCUGCCUUUAUGAGGCCCGUCGUCUCCUCCUGGGACUUGAUGUCAGUGAGACUGCCAAGAUAUCGUCACUGAGCUCUGACCUCACGACAUCCGGCACUGGGUUGACCAGCUACUGGCUCAACAUGUUGCUGCAGCAGCUCCGUCUCUCUGAACAGGACUCUGCACCUCCUCUAAUGGAGAUGCUGACUGGUGUCAAGCUUCACCCCUCGCCUCCUCCAGGCCUCACUUCUCCUCCUGAGGAGGUGAGGACAGGACUGAACAGAACAGACAUCCGGCCGCUGGAGAAGAUCCUUGAAAACGAGUAUCAGUCUGGCCAAUCAGAGGACGAGAGCUCUGAGGGUGUGGUGAUGUCACCAUCUGAGGUGAACGACUGCGUCAUCAAUAUGGGGCUGAUCAGUCGGAGGGGGAGUCUCCAAGGUCCAGAAAUGUCUAAGCUCCUCAGUCAGGGCAGACGUCACUCGACAGGACAAGCGCUAAUGGACAGGAUGCUGAACACAGAGGCCGAGGGAGGGAGGAGUGCGUGGAGGAACAGCAUGAGGAGAGAUCUGGUGCAAAACCUUCAUGCUGAUUCAUCCAAGGUGGAGGAUUAUGACUAUGAGAAGAAGAAACUGCUGGCCACCCGAGCCAUGCAAAGGAAGCCUGUGGUCACUGAGGUCCGGACUCCCACAGACACCUGGAGUGGUCUUGGCUUCUCUAAGUCGAUGCCAGCUGAGGCGGUCAAGGAGCUUCGCAACAUCAGCCGGCGCAGCUACAAACCUUACCUGAACACCAACAACAACCAGCAGCAGUCCUGGGCUGCUCAGACAAGAAACGUGUGUAACGGCAGCAACUCUGAAAACUGGAGGGACAGACCUGGAUCCAUAUCCCAUCCUGCAUCUUCUUCCUCCCCCUCUUCCUCCUCUCCAUCCUCCCCCUCCUCCCCUACCUUCUCCCCAUCCACCGCCUCCUUGCCUGCAUUCACAACCUCGCUGAGCAGAAGCAGAAACGUCAAAUCUUCUGAAAGCUUUGUCAGCAGCAGCUUUGAGGGCUUGUGCUCAACGAGGAGGGCGUCGACCUGCAGUCAGCGGAGCCCCUCCCCCCUUAUGACUGACGACCUGCCUGAGCUUCUCAGCCAACUCCGACUGAUCAAAUACAUUGAUGUGUUCGAGCAACAAGAGAUCGACUACCAGACAUUCCUCACUCUGUCCGACGAGGAUCUGAAAGAAGUUGGUGUCUCUACCUUUGGAGCCCGACGCAAGAUGUUACUUGCAAUCUCAGACCUAAACAAAAGCAGAAGGAGGCUGUCUGACACCCCGGCUGUCAAGCCGAGCUACCUGGAAGGAGGCGCGAGUGGCAGACUUCUACACAUCACGGAUGUGGAUGCUGCAGCUCAGAACAACCACUGGUGAAAGGAGAAUCUGCUCAUGAAUCACAGAUGCUGUUGCCAGUUAAUUUAAUUUAUCAGAAAUUUUAAAAGAAAGCACAAACGAGCAGCAAAGA